AUGCAUAGCAGAAGGAGCGGAGCUGGGUGGCUGUGGCUCGCGGUGUGUUUGGGUAGCGCGCUGGAGGUGCAGGGGGCGGAGAGGGUGCGGAGGGCGCAGGGGAACAGCUCGGCGGUGUUAGUACCGGACUACAUGCUCUCAUUGUACCGCGCUCAGUCUCAGCUCCAGCGCUCCGGCUCCAGCUCCAGCUCGCGCGCACGCAGACGCACCAACACCGUCACCAGCUUCAUGGACCUGAGCAGAGAUGAGCCUUCUGCUGAAUCCCAACAGCAGUACAUCUUUGACCUCUCCGGUCUUUCGAGGACAGAGGAGCUGGUGGAGGCAGAGUUACGAGUGUUGCGGAAGCUGCCAUCUGACCUGGGAAAAAUACUGUCCUUUGGAGGAAGCAUGUAUCGUCUCUUGCUCUACAGCUGCUCCUUUCUGGGCUUGUCUGCCAAGCCUCAGCUGCUCACCUCUAAGACCAUAGACAUUCUAGAUGCCGUUUCGAACACUUGGGAUGUGUUUGACAUUGGAGCAAGUGUAAAGGCCCAUCGUAAAGUGCACAGGACAGCUCAAGGACAUAAAUAUAUGUGUUUCAGCAUAGCUGUUGUUUCUGACCUAACGCAUGAAUUAGUGGACCCUACUUUACUUGGUCUAUCUUCAAACAGCCAGCAGCGGCACGAGAGAGCUUUGCUGGUUGUCUUUUCUCAUGCCCGCAAGAAGGAGAACUUGUUUAGGGAGAUCCGCGAAAAAAUGAAGGCGAUGCACAUGCUUGAUGGUGACGUCAAGGGCAACAGACGACCCAGGCGCCGCCGGAAGAGGAGAACAACCUUAGCUGGCCGGUCAGGGGGAGCCGGGACAGUUGGCGGGGGUGGGACUGGAACUGGAGGUGGGGGUGGAACAGGAGGUGGGGGCAAAGGAGGCGGUAAACGGAGGACUCGUUGCACUCGUAAACCGCUCCAUGUGAACUUUAAAGAGCUGGGCUGGGAUGACUGGAUAAUUGCGCCACUGGACUAUGACGCAUACCACUGCGAGGGCGCAUGCGACUUCCCACUGCGCUCGCACCUUGAACCCACCAAUCAUGCCAUUAUUCAGACGCUAAUGAACUCUAUGGAUCCAGAGUCAACGCCUCCCAGCUGCUGUGUGCCCUCCAAGCUAAGCCCUAUAAGCAUCCUGUACAUUGAUGCAGGGAAUAAUGUGGUGUAUAAGCAGUACGAGGACAUGGUAGUGGAAAGCUGUGGCUGCAGGUAG